UAGAAAGUAAUCAAAAUUUAAUUUAUACAAGAUAUCAAAAAUCAUCAAUGAGAUGAUCAUAAAACACAGCAUAUGCCAAUUGUGUCUAUAUAAUUUAAUAAUAAUGUAUCGUUGUUGGAUCUGGAUGAGCAAUGGCGGUAUAUCCGAUGAGCGUAAAAAGCAUACAUGUACGUUAAACGAACGCAAAUGUAAAAAUUUGAAUUGCUAUAAUAAAAACCGUUUGCGUUCGAUACUCUAGCGUUGACGUGAAUCGAGAUAUAUAGUGGUCUCGCAUAAUCGAACAUUUUGUAUGAGAAUAAUAAAUUCGAAAUUUGUUCGUUGUGUGGAAAAAUCAAGGGAUAACAUGUCGAAAGGAAUACGAAAACAAAGAACGCAAAAAGAACAAAUGAAAAGUAUGAUUUGUACAAGAGCUACUAUAAAAUCGACGCAAUGUAAUAAUAUAAAUUCUCCGAUGAAAAAAGAAGCCAAAUUAAGUAAUAGUAUAGAUAUAAAAACUGAUAAUUUAGACGAAACACGUAGAGCGACCGAAUGUAAAUCACCCGUACAUAUAGGUUCAUAUUUCUAUGCGUCAAUUACAGAUGUAAAAAAUAAAACUUCCAUAGUAGAUAUCAAAGAAAGAUUCUAUGCUGAAGAACAAAUUAAUUUACAAAAUGACAUUCGCACUGAUGUUGGUCACUUUAGAACAGAUGAAACGCCCGUAGCUGUACCUAUUCACAGCCCAUCGACUCCACACAGAAUAAAUAUGCCGAACAAUCAACUAGAAGAUACAGACGAAGGAAACGGUAACAAUAGCAAGCAUAAUAAACCAAUAAAUCAGGCUCCAGAGGUUAAUUCGGUACAACAAGCUUUCAAAAAGCCUGCUAAUCGUGGUCGUAGAAAAUUAAAUAGCAACCAAACUAUCGGUCAACGUUCAACAAAUUCUUCAAACGAUAAAAAUACAAAUCAUAAGCUUACCGAUUAUUAUCCUGUGCGCCGUAGUAUAAGAAAAUCGAAAAAAGCUGUACUAGAGGAGAAACAACGUGAUAUGGAAAACAAAGUGCUUUGUCAAGUGGAGGAAGGUUUAGAGGUAAGACAUUUUGCCGGUAAAGGUCGUGGCGUUGUAACAACGCGAGAAUUUAUGAAAGGAGAAUUCGUUGUGGAAUAUAUUGGUGAAUUGAUUGACCAAGUAACAGCAAAGAAACGAGAAAAGAUAUACGCACAAGAUCAAAACACCGGAUGUUAUAUGUAUUAUUUUCAACAUCGUAAUCAUCAGUAUUGUGUCGAUGCAACAGCAGAGACUGAUAAGUUAGGUAGAUUAGUUAAUCAUUCAAGAAACGGUAACUUAGUUGCACGAGUAAUAGAAGUAGGUACGACACCUCAUCUGGUACUUACGGCGAAAGAGAACAUAUCUAUCGGGGUAGAAGUAACGUACGAUUAUGGAGAUCGAAGUCGUGAAGCUAUUCGUCAUCAUCCAUGGUUGGCAUUAUAGCAUCUUCAGAUUAAUUAAUUGCGUAGUAUGGAUUUAUAUUGUACAGCAGAAUUCAUUUAUCUGAUUUUGUUCCUCCUAUGAAGGAACAUUAUACAGAGAGGAAAAAUUAGUUGAAGUUUACAGAACAAACAUAUACAAAAUAGACUUGUAUUCAUGUAUCUGCUUUUCUUAGUAUUUACAUAUUUCUUAAACUGUUCUACAAACAGUCAGUUGCAUGUCUGUUUAAUAUUAUGCCUUUUUCAUCGUUAAAAAAAGAAAUAACAUUAAACUUCCAGAAUAUGUGUAUUAAAAAUCAAUAAUACCUUUCAAUAUAUGUAAUUGUUUUAAAACUUCAAAAUAUUUACCUCUUACAAUUCAUAAUGUUCAUGUACUACACAUCGAAUUACUAUUCGAUUAAUAACAAAUACUUCAUCUAGUCUUGGCUUUAGUCUAGUAUUUACCAAAUUUCAGAAUUUUAACUAUAUAGCUCGACAUACUAGGCCAAAACUUUUCCUGGUUGAAGAAUUUGUGAUACCAUGACGUAAUUAUACAUAUAUAUAUAUAUAUAUUCUUUUUCUUUUCAAUGCUUAACUGCAGAGUACUUCGAUCUCUGUAUCGUAAUAUUUAUGUUUUAAAAUAACUUUUUUUAUCAAUUGAUCACUGCCAUUACUCGCGUAAUGUUAUUAAAAAGAAAACAAUAGUUUCUGAAAUAUGUAAGAUAAAUGAAAUCCGAUGUAAAUGGUUCUAAAACAUUCUGAUUUUUUUAACGGAUAUAUUGAAAGAAUAAAAAAUAUUUAAAGAAAACUUUUUUAAUUAAGUUAAAUAAACAUACACAGAAUUGGUGUAUUAUGCAUCUACGUACUGUCACCAAUAUUUUAUCAGUAUUCUUUUAUCUAUCAUCGAUUUAUGUAUAAGUUGUAGCAAUAGCUUAUAAGGUUCAUUGUAAUUUUCGUUUUGUCGAUCUGAAUUGUAUUUAUACAUAAUAAUUCUUGAUAUUUAUUCAUACGAACAUUGAAGUAUUUUAUACAAUUGGUUUAAUGUUAUAAAUGAAUUUUCGAAAUUACAGUUCAGUGUAGUUUUUAAUAUUAUAAUAUGUACCGCGUUAUUCGUUCUUAACAAUAGUAUUGUAAUAUGCGAAAUAUAAAUUGUACAAACAUAUUUUUGUU